CGCCUAUUUACAAGUUUGUGCCGCGUUGCCGUUUUGUCACGCCGGGCGUUUCCGUCGAGAUACCCUGGGAGAAAACUGGGAGGCACCGCAUUGUUUUGAUCGUCUCUCUUUCAGGAAUUUUGGCGAGGCUCCCGUGGCACCUAAAUUCUGCUGCCUCUAACUCGGUUCACUCGAGAAGGUUACAUUACAGUUCAGUCAAUGGUUAGUUGGGGCGGUGUUUUUCCCCUUUGUUCCAGUCUCUAACGGUAUAAGUGACUGAACCUGAUUGCAAUCGCUAGCGAGGCUGUGAUCAGUUGUUGACUGUAGAUUAAAAAUUUUGAGGCUUACUGGUGACAUACUCAAAAUCCAGACUGGCUGCAGUGCUGUGGGGUUCAAUCUGACAGAGAUAUGGGUCUCCACACAAUUUUGAAGAAGCUCAAGCAGAAAGAAAAAGAAGUCAGAAUAUUGAUGCUUGGCCUGGACAACGCAGGCAAAACAACUAUUAUGAAGCGGUUCAAUGGCGAAGACAUCACAACAAUUUCUCCAACUUUGGGUUUCAACAUACAGACAUUGGAGCACAAAGGGUUCAAGCUGAACAUAUGGGACGUGGGCGGCCAGAAGUCGCUGCGCUCGUACUGGCGCAACUACUUCGAGUGCACCGACGGCCUGAUCUGGGUGGUGGACAGCGCCGACAAGCGCAGGAUGGCCGACUGCAAGAAGGAGCUGCACUCGCUGCUGCUCGAAGAGCGUCUGGCCGGCGCCACGCUGCUGGUGUUCGCCAACAAGCAGGACCUGGCCGGCGCGCUGAGCCGCGAGGAGAUCCGCGACCUGCUCGAGCUGCCGGCCAUCACCACCCACCACUGGCGCAUCGUCUCCUGCUCGGCCGUCACCGGCGACAACCUCGUCACCGGCAUCGACUGGCUGCUGGACGACGUGGCCGACAGGAUUUUCGACAUGGACUAGGCGCGGGCGGCACGGCUUCGACUCUGUCCAUGCCGUGGGCGGCGCUAUGAGCUCGGAGCUGUGCCCAGUGUACGACGGCGUUGCCUCCGCCGCUGCAGCAGGCGGCGCCAGCCAGGGCGGUUUCACAGGCAGCGUUCUCAGGUGUGCGCCGUGUCCAGGCGGCCGACCAAAGAACAGUGCGGCGUCUGUCCGUGUGUCCUGCCGGUCCCCAGCCCGUUCGCAGGGUGCGUGAACUCGAGGCGCCUCGCUGAUGGCGUCGCUGCGUUCUCGAUCUCGCAUCGUGGUCUGCUGCGGGACCGGUCUCAUCCCAGUCCCAGCCGCGGUCCUCUGUGGGUUCACCGCUACACCUGGUCCCCGCUGUGGUCCGCUGUGUAGCCUGUGCAGCCUCCGCCCGCUGAGGGUGCCUUGGGCUCGGGCGAACUCCAAUCGCACAUGGGCGCUGAUGUGUGUGCGGUAGUCCAUGGCAUCCGCGCGGCUGUGGCGACCGGACGUACACAUGCUUGCGUUGCAUUUUGCGAUGCGGUGUACACACGGGUGCUGCUGUGAUCGCCGGCCCUUGUAUAGCUUUGUGUCGGCGUGGGAUGACCUUUUAUUCCAACACGACAUUCGAUGCGUUGGCGAGGUGUGUUCGUGGAACUGAUUGCUCGUUUAAUAAAUCGUCCACGCCAUCUCGGUUAUCGCACUGCUA